AAAGGCAGAAACCCUCGGCAGUAAUAACAAUAGCAGGGAGCCAUGCCACCUGCCACAGGAGGUCCUGUUGGAUACACCCCUCCAGAAGGAGGCUGGGGUUGGGCCGUGGUGGCUGGUGCCUUCAUCUCCAUCGGCUUCUCCUACGCCUUCCCAAAGUCCAUCACCGUGUUCUUCAAGGAGAUUGAGGUCAUCUUCAAUGCCACCAGCAGCCAGGUCUCCUGGAUCUCUUCAAUCAUGCUGGCCGUAAUGUACGCUGGAGGUCCGAUUAGCAGCAUCAUGGUAAACAAAUACGGCAGUCGGCCAAUCAUGAUAGUCGGGGGCUGUCUCUCAGGAACGGGGCUGGUUGCGGCCUCGUUCUGUAACAGCGUGGAAGGCCUGUACUUCUGUAUUGGAGUUAUUGGAGGUUUGGGUUUAGCCUUUAACCUGAACCCUGCUCUGACAAUGAUCGGUAAGUACUUCUACAAGAGGCGGCCCAUUGCUAACGGCAUUGCCAUGGCGGGAAGUCCCGUGUUCCUCUCCACCCUGGCUCCUCUCAACAGCUGGCUCUAUGACCAGUUUGGCUGGAGGGGAAGCUUUCUCAUCCUGGGCGGCGCCCUGCUAAAUUGCUGCGUGGCCGGGUCCCUCAUGAGACCCAUCGGCCCAAAGCCUCAGGCUCUCGCCAAGUCAGAGGAAGCCAAGGCAGAUGGAGGACCAGUGAAGCCCCAGGAGAAGAAGACAAUCAUGCAGACCAUCAACAGCUUCAUCGACCUGACGCUGUUCACGCAUCGUGGUUUCCUCCUUUACCUUCUGGGCAACGUCAUCAUGUUCUUUGGCCUCUUUGCGCCUCUGGUCUUUCUCAGCAACUACGCCAAGAGCAAGGACAUCCAGAAAGACAGGGCGGCUUUCCUGCUGUCCAUCUUGGCCUUCACCGACAUGAUUGCGCGGCCGUCCAUGGGCCUGGUCGCUAACACGCGCUGGAUCAGGCCUCGGGUGCAGUACUUCUUCGCCGCCUCCGUGUUGUACAACGGUGUGUGCCACCUGUUGGCACCGCUGUCGGUGGACUACCUUGGCUUUUCCAUUUACGCGGUGUUCUUUGGCGUGGCCUUUGGCUGGCUGAGCGCCGUGCUCUUUGAGACGCUCAUGGACCUGGUCGGAGCACAGAGGUUCUCCAGCGCCGUCGGCUUGGUCACCAUUGUGGAGUGUGGUCCCGUGUUGCUCGGUCCGCCGUUGCUAGGCAGGCUAAAUGAUGUCUACGGUGACUACAAGUACACUUAUCAGGGCUGCGGGAUCGUUCUGGUAGUGGCUAGCAUCUUCCUCUUUGUUGGGAUGGGGAUCAACUACAGGUUUUUGGACAAAGAGAAGAAAGAAGAGGAGAGGAAUGCCAAAUUAGAGGGCAAGGAUGAGGAGACGAAUAUAGACAAUGCCACCAAAGAGAGAGAAAAGGAGGCUGAGAACGACGUGUCCACUCCUCUCACUCAGGCGGACGUGGCUAAAAUGGACGAGGAUGCUGUAUAAC